AUAAUUUUGGCUACUAGCACCGAUGGCUUCAGGGAGGGCUAGUGCGCAUGAGCAAGUGUAGUGCGUGACAGUAACCAAGGCGGGGUGAAGGACGAAAAAGUGGUUAUCAGAGAAGUUAUGUCUGAUUUCGGAAACAUCAAGGAGACUUUGCCAGAAUAACAAUUCGGAUUUUAAGAUUAGAUCAGUGGGUGAAGGAGGGCAGAGUUACCGCGAGCGGAAGUGAGAGGUCUGGUACUCUGCGGGCGGAGUGACACGGGCGAGUGUGGACUCUGUAAAGACGCCAAUUUACUCACUAUAGCGUGGCCAUUUUACCAGCUGGCAUUUGUGGAUUUCUGGCCUGGUGAUUUGGUGAACUUUCAAUCUGGGUAUUCCUUGCCAUCCGCAGCUCUCCUCUUUUCUCCUCCUCCCUAUCAACAGCUCUGCCUUUUUAGGCCUUUGCCUUCUCUCCACAACAGUCAGACAUGACUAAGUUCCGGGGAUCAGUGUCAUUCGAGGAUGUGGCUGUGGACUUCACACAGGAGGAAUGGAAUCGACUGGACCCUACUCAGAGGACCCUAUACAGAGAUGUCAUGCUAGAGAAUUAUAGCCAUCUUGUCUCUCUGGGAUAUCCUAUUACCAAGCCAGAUGUGAUUGCCUCUUUGGAGCAGGGAGUCCUGGGGAUAAUAAAGAAAGAAAUCCCAAGUUCAAUUUGUACAGAAGAUGGGCAAGCCGAAGACCAGCUGGAGAGGCACCAGGAAAAUCGAAACAGAUACCUGAGGCAAACUAUAUCUACUGAUGAGAAAAAAUAUGUGGCUAAGGAUGGAGGUCAUGAAUGUGAUAGAUUUGUAAACCCAGUUCCUCAGAGCACAUGGGUAGUUUCUUCAGGACAUACACCCUAUAUAAAUGACUCAUGUGGUAAAACUUUUAAGGGUAAUCUGGGCCUACUUAGUCCUAAUAGUCUCAGCUUUGCAGCUCAGCAAUGUUAUGAAUGUAAUGGAUGUGGAAACUUAUUAAUUCAUGGCAGGCCUGAGAUGAAUAAUGGAAUGAAACCUCAUGACUAUAAUAUGUAUGGGACAGAUCACAGUCAUAACUUUGUUCAGCAUGAUAUGACUCAGGCUGGCGAGAAAACCUAUGAAUGUCCUGAGUGCAGACUAGCCCUCAGUACAAAUUCACUCCUUAUUGUUCAUCAGAUCACUCACAUAGGAGAAAAACCUUAUGAAUGUACAGAAUUCAGAGACACAUUUGACAAGACCACACACCUCAGUAUACACCAGACCAUGCACACAGGAGACAAACUCUAUGCCUGUAAUGAGUGUGGCAAAUCAUUCAGAGAGGAAUCCACACUGCAUAUACAUCAAAGAACCCAUACAGGUGAAAAACCAUAUGUGUGUGCUGAGUGUGGCAAAGCCUUCCAGGAAAAGACAAAGCUAAUCAUACACCGGAGAACUCACAAAGGAGAGAAGCCCUACAAAUGUUCAGAUUGUGAGAAAACCUUCAACCAGAAGGCACACCUCAGUGUACAUCAGAGAACACACACAGGAGAGAAACCUUUUGAAUGCAGUGAUUGUGGCAAAUACUUCAGAGAGAAAUCAACCCUGAAUAUACAUCAAAGAACUCAUACAGGAGAGAAACCAUAUUUGUGCAAUGAGUGUGGCAAAGCCUUUCGAGAGAAGACAAAGCUCAUCAUACAUCAGAGAACACACACAGGAGAGAAACCGUAUGAGUGCUCAGAGUGUGGGAGGGCCUUCAACCAAAAGGCACACCUCAGUGUACACCAGAGAACACACACAGGGGAGAAACCUUUUGAGUGCAAUGAAUGUGGCAAAGCUUUCAGAGAGAAAUCAACACUGCGCAGACAUCAAAGAAUUCAUACCGGAGAGAAACCUUAUGUGUGUCCAGACUGUGGAAGAGCCUUCACCCUGAAGCUGAGCCUCAGUGCUCAUCAGAAAAUUCAUACAGGAGAAAAAACAGAUGGAUGUACCGUAUGUGGAAAAGUCUUCUCUCGGAAGUCAUAUCUUAUGCUACAUCAGAGAUCUCACACAGGGGAAAAAUUUGAGAAAUCCUAUGAAUGCAAUGAAUGUGAUAAAGCAUUCUUCCAGAAAUCAUAUCUCAUUAUUCAUCAAAGAGUUCACACAGGAGAGAAACCCUAUGAGUGUAAUGUAUGUGAAAAAGCUUUCUCCCAAAAGUCAUAUCUCAUUAUACAUCAAAGAACUCAUACAGGAGAGAAACCCUACAAAUGUGAUCUAUGCGGUAAAACCUUCAGUAAGAAGUCACACCUCACUGUACACUGGAGAACACACACGGGAGAGAAACCCUUUGGUUGUACUGAAUGUGGAAAAGCCUUCAGCCAAAAGUCUCAGCUCAUUAUACAUCUCAGAACUCAUACAGGAGAGCGACCCUUUGAGUGUCCUGAGUGUGGGAAAGCCUUCAGAGAAAAGUCAACAGUCAUCAUACAUUACAGGACUCAUACGGGAGAGAAACCUUAUGAAUGUAAUGAAUGUGGAAAAGCCUUCACUCAGAAAUCAAACCUCAUUGUCCAUCAGAAAACCCACACAGGAGAGAAAACGUAUGAAUGCACUAAAUGUGGAGAAUCUUUCCUACAGAAGCUUGAUCUAAUUAUUCAUCACAGCACUCACACAGGAAAGAAACCCCAUGAAUGCAAUGAAUGCAAGAAGACUUUCAGUGACAAGUCAACCCUCGUUAUACACCAGAGAACACACACAGGAGAGAAGCCUCAUAAAUGUACUGAAUGUGGGAAAUCUUUCAAUGAAAAAUCCACCCUCAUUGUACAUCAGAGGACCCACACAGGAGAGAAACCCUAUGAAUGUGAUGUGUGUGGAAAAACCUUCACCCAGAAGUCAAACCUGGGUGUACAUCAGAGGACUCAUUCAGGAGAGAAACCCUUUGAGUGUAAUGAAUGCGAGAAAGCCUUCUCUCAGAAGUCCUAUCUCAUGCUGCAUCAGAGAGGCCACACAGGAGAGAAGCCUUAUGAGUGCAGUGAAUGUGAAAAAGCAUUCUCCCAGAAGUCAUAUCUCAUUAUACAUCAAAGAACUCAUACAGAAGAAAAACCCUAUAAAUGUAAUGAGUGUGGCAAAGCCUUCCGAGAAAAGUCAAAGCUCAUUAUACACCAAAGAAUUCAUACAGGAGAGAAACCCUAUGAAUGUCUUGUGUGUUGGAAAGCUUUCAGCCAGAAGUCCCAGCUCAUAAUCCACCAGAGAACACACACAGGAGAAAAGCCCUACGCUUGCACAGAGUGUGGCAAAGCCUUCAGGGAAAAAUCAACAUUCACUGUGCAUCAAAGAACUCAUACUGGAGAGAAGCCCUAUAAAUGUACAGAAUGUGGGAAAGCCUUUACCCAAAAGUCCAACCUUAUUGUUCAUCAGAGGACCCACACUGGAAAGAAGGCCCAUGGGAGAAGCCACACCUGGAAGUCAAAGCUCAUAGGGCAUUAGAGAGUGAAGCAACAGCAUCUGCUGUGUACCCUGAAGGAAAUUUGUGUGUCAUUUAAAGGUUUUCAAAGUUUGUCCUAAUUUCUGAUAUGAACAUGAGCAGUUAAAUUAGCCUUUCCUCUUUUCAUUUUGGUCUUCACCCAAAAGCAAUAGCAGAAAAAGAAGAAAUGGAAUCUCUGUAUCUGACAAAAUUAGGAGAUUAGCUGCAACCUGAGGUUCUGCCAGAAGCAGAGGUAAUAAAGCACCAGUGCAAGAGAUUUCAGGUCCACAGAUGUGAGGCGGGAUCGGUAAGGACUCUUAGCUAAGGGUUGAGCAAGAUACACUUCAAAGUGCAGGGCCCUAGGCAGCUGGGUAACAGAGUACGCAGGCAGGUGAGGCAUUUCUUAAGUAUUUGGGGUCUUAGGAGAAACAGGGCUCUUAACAAGGAAUCAUUCAUACAAACCAUAUUUGCAGGAAGACAUCUGUACUGAUAGGAGGAACAGUUGGGGAUGAGGGAAGAGACCUUUCUGCCCCUAUUUACUGACUUGGGAGAAGUAAAUAGCUGCCCCUAUUUACUGACUUGGCAGAAGGCAAGUCUGAAAUAACUAACAAGUAUGUGUCGGGGAUCUCAGCAGUUAGAAAAACUGAUCUGCCUGGAGUAUGAUCCAGGUGUGUUCCCUGACACAAUCCUCCAGCAAAUAGCAAGUCUAAGAAAAACUCUGUAACUCAAAGAGAAUGAUUCAAACAUAAUCAAAACCACAAACUAUUUUUAAGCCAGCAGUUCCAUUUCUAGGAAUGUAUAUACUCACAGUGUACAACAUGAUGGACUCAGAGAGAUUCACUGAUGCACUGCUUGCAGAAACAAAAGAUUGGAAGUUGUCAUAAUGACAUCAGCAGGGUUCUGCUUCCUAAAGUUGUGACAUAUUCACAGCAAAUUCUCAGGCAGACAAAAAUGAAUAAAGAUAACUUGUGUUAUUAUUUGUAUAGUGAUGUGGGGUAACCCCUAAGCUAUAAGGUAGAAAAAGCAAGGUACAGCAUAGUGAGUAUAAUAUGCUACCAUGUGUAUAUAAGCAGGAAAAUGGUAAGUAUAUAAUUAGUUGUACGUGAAUAAAUUAUCUGAAAAGACAUAAAAAAUUAGCAACCUCAUUACUGCAGGGAAGGGGCAUGGGGGAUGGAACUGAGAGGGAGACCUGUGAAUCCUUCUUAUUUUUGAAAAUUGUACUAUGUGAAUGUACUGCCUUUCCAAAUAUAAAUAAAACUUUAAAAAGCA